GCCCUGCACCGCUCCUCUCGGUGCGUCGCAGGGCGCGCGGUUCUCUCCUCUGCUCCUCUCAGAGUUGAUCAGUGUUUGAUACCUGACGGAUGAUCGAUGACCAAUCAAUCAAAGUCGCGCGCUGACCCACACACUGACAGUCUCGUGCAGUAUAUUGAUCAUCAUUGGUCAGUGAUCGGCUGCUGACAGAAGGUGUGAGCGGAGUUCAAAACCAACAGGACUCUACUUUCUUCAUCCAUCCAUCUCCUCCUCCUACUCCGAUGCUUUUACCCAAAGUGACUUCCACCUGGAGGACCACACUAAAGCUUGAGUACAGGAGGAGACCCUGAAGCAUGAAGACUCCUCUCAGCCCCCCUCGGCUCUUUGCCUUCGGAGGAAUGUGUCAGAAGCUGAUGGAGGCACCUUCACCUCCAAGCAUCAGUCUUUCUGUCCUGCAGACUCCAUAUCCAGGUCAGGGUGGGGCCUACUCUUUGUGUGAGGUGUGUAACCUGCAGCUGACCUCUGAUGCUCAGGCCCAACUGCACUACAACGGCCGGUCUCACCUCCGGAGAGUUAGACAGAUCCAGGCUGGAGAGACAGGAAAACAUACUGCAGCAGGGGCUCAGUCCAGGUCUCUUCAACAGGCCACAGGACUCAGCUCUCGGCCUGCAGGACUAACUCCAACCCCAGGCCUCAGCCCGGCCCUCAAUGGUCCACCAAGCAUAACUGCAGGAAUAGGGUGUGGCGCAGUAGGCGGGGCCUUGCCAGGGCUGAUUGGGGCCACUGGUCCCUCAGUGAUGAUGAAACCGUUCCUGACCUACUCUGUCGAGACGGCGUCGCCAGUGGGACUUUUUCCAAACUUCAACACGAUGGACCCAGUGCAGAAGGCCGUCAUCAAUCACACCUUCGGUGUUACCAUGGUGCCCAAAAAGAGACAGGUCAUCUCAUGUAACGUCUGUCAGCUGAGGUUCAACUCUGAUUCUCAAGCAGAGGCUCAUUACAGAGGCAGCCGUCACGCCAAGAAGCUCAAGUCUCAGGAGAACAAGGCCAAGACAAAGCUGUCAAUCACUGCAGAGACCAAUGGGAGCUACUCCAGUCCCGCCGGCCCCGCCCCUCAUGCCUCAUUUAACAGCAGCACCAAUCAGCACACAGAAUUCUUAUCCAGCCUCACAGACUCCUCAACUCCCCUCAAACCCUUCCUCCUCCUCCCCUCUUCCUCCUCUCCUCCCUCCUCCUCCUCGCCCUCGUCCAGUAGAGCCAGCAGUGAGCCUCCUCCCUCCAGUCCUCCCUCCGCUCUACCCGCUCCGGCCCUCUCUUCCUCGUCCUCCUCCUCUUCUGCUUCCUCCAAAGCUUCCCCUCCUCUGCCUCCUCCAGCUCUUGUCACCUCGUCUUCGUCCCAUGCUCCUCUUCCUCCUCCUUCCUCCCAGGAUGCACCUCUCCCUGCUGAAUCUGAGGAGGAGAAGGCGAAGAAGCUGCUUUACUGCUCUCUUUGCAAAGUGGCUGUCAACUCUCUGUCUCAGUUGGAGGCUCAUAACGCAGGUUCAAAGCACAAGACGAUGCUGGAGGCCCGGAGCGGCGCAGGGCCGAUCAAGGCCUUCCCUCGACCCGGAGCAAAGCUGAAGAACGGCAGCAGCUUGGGAUUGAAAGGCUCCGGCCUGCAGAACAAAACCUUCCACUGUCAGAUCUGUGACGUCCACGUCAACUCUGAGAUCCAACUCAAACAGCACAUCUCCAGCAGGAGGCACAAAGACCGGGUGGCAGGAAAACCCAGCAAACCCAAAUACAGCCCUUAUAACAAACCGCAGAGAAACACUCUCACAAAUGAGUUAGUGAAGCCAUCCCUCUCUCCCUCCUUCCUCUCCACAACCUUCGCUCCUCCGCCCUCCACCCUCACCACCUCCAUCUCGCUCGCUCCCUCCUCUCUCUCAUCCUCCCCCCUCCUCACGCCUGCCUCCUCACCCCUCACCCCGACUAUCUCUCUCCACCCUCGCCUUUCAGCCUCCUCGUCCCUCUUCACCGCCUCCUUCCUGCGUCCGGCUCCUGGACCAAUCAGAGCGGGCCAUGGGUCGAUUCUCUUCACGCCAUACUGACAACAGAGGUGGUGGUGGGGAGUCGAGUCAGCGACCUUUGACGUCGGAAAUCCAGUUUUUUUGGAGCUACAGGGGCAGAAGAGGCCAUAUGAAACAUUGGCUCUGUCCUUGCAGCUGCAGGGAUUCAAACCUGCAACCUUCUUACCUGACUGAGGCUUCACAAGAGACACAGGGACAAAACAUCCUCCUGGAUCAGACGUCUUUCUCACUGAAGCAACCUGUGACGCUGUUUUCACACUAACGAGAAAAUGUUGAAUGGAAAAAUGUCUGAAUUUCACACAUUUUGUUGAAAGCAAUAAGUGAUCCUGGAAAUGAGCUGAAACUUCAGCUCAUUUGUUGAUAUCGGGAUGCUGAACGUCCAUCUCAUGGAAAAUGUGAUACAACAGAAAAUUUGCACGUUCCUUUAUUUGACCUUGCUAACAAAAAAAUGCACCUCAUCAUUUAUGAACGAUCCACAGUGUUUGUGGUUUCCUCAAUAUGCUGAAAAUAAAGCUUCACAUUCAGGAUUCCUCAGGAAUCGAGAAACAGGAAGCAGGACAUAUAAUAAAAAAAAUCUCUAUGAAAACUGAAUCUAUAGAACAAUGAUGUCAGGCAAUUUUCUGCUUUUUCAGGGCUCAGACACAAACGUAUCCUGGACCUAGAGCCUGGUUCAGGUGGCAGUGGGUCCUCAGAGUUUGGAGGUGGGUUGAUUCUUUCUGAAUUAAUCUCAUCUGAACUCAGAAUUCACGUCGAUUCAAGAUAUUUUAAGUGCAUGAGGUUCUUCUUCCUCCGGGAGUCAGAAAACUCAGCAGAUGUCCUCCGCCAUGUUGUCACGACUACCGCAGCGCUCUUCAUGUCAAACUGGACUGUGGUGUCGCUCUCUGUGCUCUUGUUAAACACCCAACAUACAACAUCUCGAGCAAACACACUGCGAUGUGACGAAAAAUAAAUGUAAUGAUAAGGAUUGGCUUAUUCUGUAUUGUGAUGGCUGUCCACAAAUCUCAAGAAAAGACCAAACCCCAAAAUACUAGUUACAGCUG